AUGACCGCCGACACCCCACGCAAGUGCUCCGGCAAUGACUGCGAAAACGACGCCGGCUCGCUGCAAUGUCCAAACUGCCAAAAGCUAGGAAAGGAGAGUUACUUUUGCUCGCAAGAGUGUUUCAAGCGCAACUGGGUAUGUAGCAAGAAAGGCCAACAGUGGUUCCAACUUUCAACUUCCAACUUCCGAAGAAAAAAGACUAACACAGGACAGAGCGAGCAUAAGAAACAGCACAAGUCACAAAGUAGUAUUCUCCAAAGUAUCUUCACGCCCAAAGUAGUUUCUUACCCGGAUCCAGCGACGGGCCACUUCAACCCUUUCCCCACCUUCCCAUACACCGGCGCCCUACGACCCGUAUACCCACUGUCACCGCGACGCGAGGUGCCCGACAACAUCAAACUGCCAGACUACGCAAAAGAUGGCAUACCGCGCUCCGAGCAGGUGUUUGUCAACAGGAACAAAAUUGCCAUUUUGAACAAGGAGGAGCAAGAGGGCAUGCGCAAGGUAUGUCGGUUGGGACGAGAGGUGCUAGACAUUGCAGCACGAGCUGCGAAACCCGGGGUCACAACGGAUUACAUUGAUGAGAUUGUGCACAAGGCAUGCAUGGAGCGAAACUCAUAUCCAUCCCCUCUCAACUACUGCCAUUUCCCCAAGUCGGUAUGUACUUCGGUCAACGAGGUCAUCUGCCACGGCAUUCCAGACCAGCGUGUUCUGCAAGACGGCGACAUUCUCAACAUUGACGUCACACUCUACCACAACGGCUUCCACGGCGACUUGAACGAGACGUAUUAUAUUGGAGACAAGGCGCUGGCAAAUCCAGAUGCAGUACGCGUAACGGAGACAUCGCGAGACUGUUUGAACAAGGCCAUCGAAAUUGUGAAGCCAGGCACGCUCUUCCGCGAAUAUGGCAACGUGAUUGAGAAGUAUGCCAAGAGCCAGAACUGCAGUGUCAUCAGGACCUAUUGUGGGCACGGCAUCAACCAGCUAUUUCAUUGCGCACCCAACGUGCCUCACUACGCAAAGAACAAGGCCAUCGGACAGGCUAAGCCAGGCAUGUGCUUCACCAUCGAACCGAUGAUCAGCAUUGGUACACACAGGGACAAGACAUGGCCAGACGACUGGACUAGUGUAACUCAGGAUGGCUCUUUGACCGCACAAUUUGAACACACUUUGCUCGUGACAGAGGAUGGCGUAGAAGUUUUGACGGCAAGGCUACCAGACUCGCCCGGCGGUCCAGUACCAAUGCCUGCGCCUGCACCUGCACCUGCCAUCGGGGAAGCGAAGGCCGCUGCAUAG